UGUAUUUCCAUCUUUCUGUAUUAUUCAAACAAUUCUUCUAAAUUUUGUAACUUUAUCUGCUGCAGUAAUUUCCAAAUUAAUUACGUUUACGUUUGGUUUGCGUGUCAAAUGCAUCAUCUUCUUCUUCUUGUUGAAUUUUGAUUGUUAUUAAUUAUUGUUGGUAAAUACUAGAUGGAUAAUAAAUAGCUGGGUCCUGAAAUACUGCCAGAUCCUUCCCUUCUCUACUAACCUUAAAUUUUACAAUCGGCUUUGAAUCCACACCUUUCCUCUAAUCCUCUUCCAUAAAACCCCGGUUCCAUUCUGGAAAGCGAUUUGACUAAUUAAGAUCUGCUUUUGCUGUUGCUCAACCUUGUUCCUCCCAUUUUUUGGCUUUUGUGAGUGAAGAAAGAAAAAAAGAAAGAAAGAACGUGAGAUGGACGAAGCAAUGGCAGCAAGGUAUUGGUGUCAUAGGUGUUCUCGAAUGGUGGAUCCCAUCAUGGAAGUAGAAAUGAAAUGCCCCUUUUGCCAAAGCGGAUUUAUUGAGGAAAUGAAUGGCACUACAAGGGAGAAUCAAGACGCUGACUCUGAUUUGGGUUCCGAUCGUGCCCUCUCCCUCUGGGCCCCAAUCCUGUUGGGCAUGAUGAACAAUCCCCAUCGUCGCCGGAGAUUAAGACGAUUCGACUUUGAUGACGAUGAUGAUGAUGACAAUGACAAUGACAAUGAUGAUGGUGUCAUCGCCAGGCGCGUACUGAAAUGUGAGAACUUGAAUUAUCAUCCGGACGAGGAGGAGAAGCUCAGCCACAUGUACAGUCUUCAAGGCAUUCGAGAUAUCGAGUCUGAGAAUUCUGAGGGGGAUAGGGAGAGGGAUAGGGAAAGAGAAAGGGAGAGGGAGCGCGUAAUUCUUAUAAAUCCUUUCAGUCAAACCAUCAUUGUUCAGGGAUCUUACGAUUCGAAUCAGGGUCAAAACAACAAUCACACCCCUAUUGGUUCAUUGGGCGAUUAUUACAUCGGGCCUGGUUUAGAUUUGUUGCUGCAACAUUUGGCAGAGAAUGAUCCUAAUAGAUAUGGGACUCCACCAGCGCAAAAGGAGGCAGUGGAAGCUCUACCCACUGUGACAAUCAAGGAGAAUUUGCAGUGUUCAGUGUGCUUGGAUGAUUUUGAGGUCGGUAUAGAAGCAAAAGAGAUGCCAUGUAAGCACAAGUUUCAUAGCGGGUGUAUUCUGCCAUGGCUGGAGCUUCAUAGUUCCUGUCCAGUUUGCAGGUUCCAGUUGCCUGCUGAUGAAUCAAAGCGUGAUUCAGAUAUUUCCAGGAACAGCAGUAACUCGAGGGAGAGUGAAGAGAUUGGUGAUGAUGUUGGUGGGGAAGAGGGAGAUGGGGAUGGGAGAAACGGAAACGGGAGAAGGUUUUCAAUCCCGUGGCCUUUCAAUGGUCUGUUUUCUCACUCAGGAUCUCAGUCAGGUGGCAGUGUGGGCAAUUCAUCAUCAUCAUCAUCAUCAUCAUCGGCAAAUGCAACCGGAAGUGGAAGCACUUCUCAAACAGAAGAAAAUUGAGUAUAUAUUUCCAUUAGUUCAGUUGGUAUGUCAGGUUCUUGUCCAUUAUGUGGCUUCAAUCAUCUUCUGCGCAGCUUGUGUACAUAGUAUCUUAGGUGAAUGUGAAUAAUGGAAGUUCAAAUUGUUGUUUUAUUUUUCCUCCUUCUUUUGUUAUAAGGAAGGAUGGUCUCUAGAUGUUUUGGCCUCCUAGUCAGUACCACAAGAACUACUUUUGUUGCUAUAUUUACCUGAUAUGUGAGUGAAUUGCUUUCCCAUUUUU